UGGAUUACUAGCUUGUUCAAAGUCAGGACUGUAUACAAAAUUUGCAUCGUAUCCUACAUUAGGGGUCCAUGAUUCAGUGAUCCAGACAAUUGGAACGAUGGGAUCCUCUGUGGAUGGACCGUUCGCCAAAAGUCUCCCCAGCCCGGACUGGAAUAUCCUCGCCAUCCAAUCUUUCGCCUUUUUCAGUUGAAUGUGGACAGCUACUACUGCAUUUCUUCUCAAGUGUCUAUUUGCAGUCAAUCAAUCCACGGAUUAGAAGUGUCCCACCAAGAGAACUGUCAGGCCAUUGUCCAACCACUGUGGGGCCCAUCAUAUCAACGGUCUGGACCCACUGAAACAUUGGAUCCCACUUGCACAAACCGAAAACCUUACAAUAAUAUCCAUUCCUAAUGAGUCUCUACUGAACAUUAAUGCCCAGUUGAAGCAAUUCCUCUCUCUUUUCUUUCUCUUUUCUACUACAUUCUAUAACUCAAAACAAAAAGCUAAUCCUUUGUCAGGGCAUGUUUGGUUGCAGGAGCCAAAACUCUCUUUCGGGUGGAGUUGGAGGCCAUCCCUUGUUCCUGGUGGCCACAUGUUAUUUAUGGAGAAGUUGGGGUUCCUGCAUGUUGUUUGUAGCAGAAGAUAAGCAGACCUCCAUGAUUGGUGAUGGGCACAAGUCCUCAGUCUCUUAUCGGUGGGUUCCACCCUUUUCAUUUCUGUCAGUUGCCUGCAUUUGCAUGUAUAUUGAUUCUUUUCACUGUAACCAUAUAUAUAGAUAUGUGGGCUGGCAUAGAUGCAUGUACAAGUGCACCUGUACUAACCUGUAGUCCUUUUCUUGCUGUUCAUAUGGAUUAUAACACCAUGGCUCAGGACUUCAUUUAUCAGCGGUCAGAAGCAGAAGAUAUCGAUCUCGGUCUGAGCCUUAGCACCUCUCUGCAACAAGAAUCUUUCCAUCACCCAUCAGGACGCCUUCUAAAUCCAAGUGAAUAUGGGGAGCUGAUGGCUUGGCCUCAGCUGCAUCCAUUCCUGAAAAGCUCUGAUAUCGGCCCUCCCGCCAUUCCGGAAGAUGAUGAUGAUGAAACACAAGGAGUGCAGAGCAAGGAGCGGUGGUCUUACGUGAAGGUUAACAUGGAAGGCGUUGUCAUCGGUCGGAAAGUUUGCAUCUUUGACCACGCUAAUUAUUCCAGCCUCGCACUUGAACUGGAAGAAAUGUUUGGCCGGCAUUGUGGAUCUGGGUUGCGGUUGUUGGAAGCUGAGUCAGCAUUUUCCUUGUUUUACAAGGACAGAAAUGAGAAUUGGAGGAUGGUCGGCGAUGUCCCAUGGAAGGAGUUCGUAGAUUGCGUCAAGCGACUAAAGAUUGCACCCAAGUAUCAGCCUCUCCUUUCCUCUGGACCUUCCAUCUUUUACUAACUAUUUCUACUCUCUUUCUCGAGGAUUUAUAUGAUCCUACUUACGUCUUCAAUUGGUACAAGUGGGGCCUAUGGCUCAGUGAUCCAGAUGGUUGGUCUGUUGGGACCCGUUACUAGUUGGCUGUACGAUGAAGAUCUCCAAGAUUGGAUCAUCCUGGCCAUCAGUCUGUCCUUUCUUUCAGUUGAGUGACCACCAUUGCUGCACAUCUCGCAGUGAGAUUUUGGGCCUUUCAUUUUGCUGAAUUGAGCCGGUGGGUCAGUCAUCCAGACCAUGCCCAUAAAAUAAAUCUCCUGGAUCUGUAGAUCCAACUAAUCUUGGCCAUUUUUGGGAUGAACGUGGACCGUGGAUCCAUUUCUAUUCCUAACCGUCUAUUUGCAGGUCACGAAUUUAAAGGUUUAGGAUUGCUCUUUUAAGGGAAUUUUUAGGGUACGGUACAUCUAUGGCGGGCCAAAAGACCAAUGGUGUGGAUCACUAAAUCAUGGGCUUCACUUGUGAGGAUCAUACUCUAUCUCUCUCUCCCUCUCUCUCUCUCUCUCUCUCUCACUCAUGGAAGAUGUGGUAUUGGAGCAUGUAACGUUAUUUUAUCGGAAUCUAGACUUUUGGGUAACUUCAUUUGUACGAUGACGUUGAUGUGAAAUGGACUGAUUGUGGCCCACCUUUUACA